AUGACCACGACCUGCCUCCCCGACUGGCUCCGGAUAAUGCGCGUGAAUCUGAAAGGUGAAAGUACGUCCCAGGUGGUGCAGGACGACCAGGUCAAAGGACCGCUGAGGGUGGGCUCCACUGUGGAGGUGAAGACUAACGAGGGUUUAUCCAGCGAGGCCGUCAUCAGUAAGCUGACGGACGCCAGCCUCUACACCGUGGUGUUUGAUGAUGGAGACGAGAAGACUCUCCGUCGUACGUCUCUGUGUCUGAAGGGAGAGAGACAUUUCGCAGAGAGUGAGACGCUGGACCAGCUGCCGCUGACCAACCCGGAGCAUUUCGGCACUCCGGUCAUCGGCAAGAAGUCAAACCGCGGCGGACGGCGCUCGUCUUACGCUGUGGCUGAUGAGAACGAGUCUUCGUCCAGCGAGGAGGAGGAGGACGACAGGGAGGACAAGAGGAGGCUGAACGACGAGCUGCUUGGAAAAGUCUGCAGCAUCGAGAGUGAGGAAGACCCCAGCUGCUGGUACCUGGCUCUGGUGGUGUCUCCCAGCUGUUGCGAUGAGCUCCAGGUGAAGAAGGAUCAGUGUCUGGUCAGAUCGUUCAGCGACUCAAAGUUCCACACGGUUGCCAGGAGACACAUCCACAUCUUCAGCACCGUCAGCGGCAACAAGUAUGACUUCUCCACCAGGAGAGGUUUCCAAGCAGCCCAGAAGUUCCUGAGGACCGAGGAGAUCCCAGAUCUGUGGAAGAUGGACAUGAGUCAGAUCCUGGACUCGUCCUCCAGCGACGAAGAGGACGACGAAGAGGAGAAGGAGAGCGACGAAGAUGAGGAGGAUGAAGACGAGAAGAAAAAGAAGAAACACAUUAAGGACGAGCCGGAGGAGGAGCAGGAUCCAGAGGAGAGAGAUCACUUCCUGCAGCAGCUCUACAAGUUCAUGGAGGACAGAGGGACUCCCAUCAACAAGCCUCCAGUGUUGGGUUACAAAGACCUGAACCUCUUCAAGCUCUUCAGACUCGUGUAUCUCCUAGGAGGCUGCCACAAGAUUGAGUCUGGGACCGUGUGGAAGCAGGUCUACAUGGAUCUGGGGAUCCCCGUCCUGAACUCCGCUGCGUCUUACAAUGUCAAGACGGCCUAUAAGAAGUACCUGUACGGUUUCGAGGAGUACUGCCGCUCCGCCUGCAUCACCUUCAGGACCAUCCAUCACAACAACCCACGCUCUCCCAACGCGCCAGCCAAUCAGAAGCAGGAGAAGCCCUCCGCGCUGCCGGCGAGGGCGGAGCCUGUAGAUGACAAGCAGGAGAAGGCGGAGUCAGAGAGCGAGAGCGAGAAGGAGGAGGUGAAGGAGAGACACUCGUCCCCGAGGGGGCGGAGGAGGUGUGUGGCGAAGGCGGAGCGAGAGUCUCCCUGCAGACCGGAGAAGGGAGAAGGAGGAGGAGGAGGAGGAGGAGGAGGAGGAGGAGGUGGUGGUGACGAAGACAGGGAGGAGCAGACGGAGGAGCAAACAGAGGAGCAGAGGGAGGAGCAGAGGGAGGAGCAGAGGGAGGGGAGGAGACGCAGCAACAGAAGAAUGGACGACUCUGAGAAGGGCUCAGAGGAAGAGGAGGAGGAGGAGGAGGAGGAUGAGGAGGACGAUGAUGAAGAUGAAGAGGAGGAGGAAGAGAGGGAGAGGAGGAGAGAAGGAGACGGCGAGGAAGACGAGGAUGGGGACUCUGUGAUGGGGACGAAGGUCCGGGUGAAGUACGGCAAAGGAAAGACUCAGAAGAUCUACGAGGCUCACAUCAAGAAGACAGACGUGGACAACGGAGAGCAGUUCUACCUGGUCCACUACUACGGCUGGAACGUCAGGUACGAUGAGUGGGUGAAGGCCGACCGGAUCAUCUGGCCCCCGGAGAAAGGAACCAAGACGAGACGCAGGAAGAAGGUGAAGGUAUGAGGUCAUUUCCUGUUGGCUGUAGGCCGAUACGUUAACGUUUUAUAACUCCACAGAAACAACACCCGUCAAAGCCUGUCUUGGUUUAAUAACUUUACAAAGUCGACGCAACGGCGCACAUUUGCGUCACAAUCUGCGUGACGCUGUGUCACGAAAGCCAGUCAGCGUUGAGAUUGUCCCGCGUAGUCAAAUAAUGUU